GCAUGUUUUCUGGGUGGAACUUCAUGGCCCAUGGGUUAUAUCUGUUCUUGAAUUUUUGUUCUAUUGAAGUUUCAGGUGCACUUGUACAAUCAUGUGGCCACAUCAUCCCGGAGUCUCCUGUGUUGGCCCUUGGUUCGAAUUUCACAGCACUGUGCAUCCUGAAUGAGAGUUGUCUUGACUUUGGCAAUAUAUAUGCUAAUCAAAUUAUUUGGAAAAUUAAAAACAGAAUGGUACCUAAAGAACAAUACCGUGAAAUAAACAGGACAGUGUCCAGUGUCACAUUUAAUGACACUUCUUCACUUGCUACUCCUCUGACAUGCAACAUUUUGGCUGAUGGACAGAUGGAGCAGAACAUCUAUGGUAUUACAGUUACAUUAGGCUUGCCUCCAGAGAAGCCCAAGAACUUAAGUUGCAUUGUUUACCAGGUGUCAAAACUUAUAUAUCCUAUGACUUGUACCUGGGACCCUGGAAGGCAUACAUUCCUAGACACUCAAUUCAGGUUGAAAUACAGGUGGCCAAGAGAAGAUUUUCCUGACUGUAUACCAAAAGAUGCAAAUAGCUCUUGCACCAUUACUGAUGUUCAGUUCUUUGUUAACCUGGAGGUCUGGGUAGAAGCUGCAAAUGCUCUUGGCAAGGCUGAAUCCGAUCGUCUCAUUUUUGAUCCCAUUGAGAUAGUGAAACCACUGUCUCCGCAUAACUUAUCUAUCAAUUCAGGAAUAUUGCCUAGCGUUCUGAAACUUUCAUGGGAGAACCGAAUUUCAGCAGCUGCUAUGAAACUGAAAUUCAAUAUUCGCUAUAGGAUUAUUGGUGAAACAGACUGGAUGCAGAUCCCUCCUGAAGAUACAGCCUCACCAAGAACUUCCUUCAGUGUUCAAAGUCUCAGGCCCUACACAGAAUAUGUCUUCUCAAUUCGGUGCAUGAAAGAAGAUGGAGUGGGCUAUUGGAGUGACUGGAGUGAAGACAAGACUGGGAUGACAACUGAAGAUAAACCAUCUAAAGGGCCACCCCUAUGGAGGAUCAUUGAUGCUUCUCACUCACCUGUUUUCUGGACUGUGCAUCUAAUAUGGAAGGCAUUGCAGCCCCCUGAAACUAACGGGAUAAUCUUGCAGUAUGAGGUGACUGUCCGAGCUAGGCCACCUCUUUCCCGUCUCCCAGAGAAGUACAGUGUCAACAGCACCUGCCUUACCCUAAAGCUGCCCAAUGGGACUUACGAGGUCACUGUGGUUGCCCAUAACAGAGCUGGCAUGUCCCCUUCUUCAGUUCUGCUCAUCCCAGCAAGGAAUUCUGAAGCUCCUGUGAAGAAUAUUAAGACACUUGCUAAAGAUGGCAAGCUGUGGGUAGUGUGGACUGCUCCUAACAGUUCCGUCCUCAGAUACAUAGUUGAGUGGUGUCUGGUGUCCAACAGCUCAGACUGUGUCACAGAAUGGCAGAGUGAACCAGAGAAUGUUCAAGGAACACACUUAAAAGGUGAUAUAAAGCCCUUCAAGUGUUACUUGAUAACAGUGUACCCUCUGUAUGCUGAUGGUCAGGGAAGUGGGCAGUCUGUGAAGGCUUACCUCCAGCAGGACCGUCCUUCAAAAGGACCAACUGUUCAGACAAAAAAAGUAGGAAAAGCUGAAGCUGUUUUGAUGUGGAACCAUCUUCCAGUGGAUGAGCAAAAUGGAUUUAUUAGAAGUUACACAAUAUUUUAUAAAACCGUUGAUGGAAAUGAAACAGCUGUGUCAGUGGAUCCUUCCAAGACGGAAUAUACCCUCUCUUCUCUAGCCAGUGACACGUUGUAUACUGUGCGGAUGAUGGCCUACACAGAUGAAGGAGGCAGGAGUGGUCCUGAUUUUACAUUUACUACACAAAAAUUUGGGGAAGGAGAAAUUGAAGCCAUAGUUGUACCUGUGUGCCUAGCAUUUCUGCUGAUCGUACUCCUUGGAGUUUUGGUUUGUUUUAACAAACGUGAUUUAAUUAAAAAGCAUAUCUGGCCAAAUGUUCCUGAUCCAUCCAAGAGUAAUAUUGCUCAGUGGUCGCCUCAAGUUCCAGCUAAGCAUAACUUUAGUUCCAAAGAGCAGAUGUACCCAGAAGGCAGCUUUACAGAUGUCAGUGUUGUCAAAAUAGAAGCUGAUGACAAGAAGUCUUUCUCAGAACAAGAUUUAAAACCCUUUGACCUGCUUAAAAAGGAAAAAGGCACCUCGGAGGGGCACAGCAGUGGCAUCGGAGGCUCCUCCUGCAUGUCUUCUCCCAGGCAAAGCGUCUCGGACAGCGACGAAGGGGAAGCUACCCAGAACACGUCGAGCACGGUUCAGUAUUCGACUGUCGUGCUCAACGGCUACAGAGACCAAACCCCUGCUGUGCAAGUCUUCUCCAGAUCCGAAUCCACGCAGCCCCUGCUCGAUUCUGAAGAGAGAGUGGAAGAUCCUGCCGGAGGGCAUGGCGGCAGCAUGCCGAGGCUGCAGUAUUUCAGACAGAACUGUGGUCAGGAUGAAACUACCACGGACAGGCUCCGCUUUGAAAGAGCAAAGCAAGUAGUUAGUCCUGCCAGUGAGGAAGAUCUUGUCGGAUUUGCGCAGCUGCAGAUCUCAGGUCAGAAUUCGCAGCUUUUGGCCCUUGGGCUGGAAAUAAAUCCCGAAGAAGCUGCUCUGGCAGAGGUUCUACAGGCAAGUACUGAGGGGCUGUGCACUGUGAGACCUGAAACAGUAGAGGAAAAUCCAGCAGCAGUCAAUGAAAUGCCCAAAAGUUACCUCCCGCAGACUGUGAGACAAGGGGGGUAUAUGCCUCAGUGAGGGAAGAGACUGGCUCUGUUAGGCUUUUACUGGUGCCUGGUCACACUUUCGUCUGUGUUUCUGAUAAAUUAAGCUAAAUAUUUUUAUCUGAAUGCGGAUGA